GUUGGAUCCGGGAGGCACGAAACUUUUUGUUCUGCCCUAAUCAGAGUUCCUUCCCCGGCGGCGACGCAGCUUCGUUCUGUUCCUCCGCUGCGCAAACUGCGGCUCAUCAGCAUCCAUUUGUACUCAGAAGACGCACUUAUUGCAAUGUUUUCAUCGGAGCAAUGGAAGUCAAAUAAAUUGGCAAAGACAAAAGAGGGAGAAGAAAUACAACAAAUAGUUCAGGAUUGUAGAUUUUGGCGUGAAAUGGUCUAUUGUCUGAUCUUUGCUGUUCCUAUCAUUGAAGUACUUUUGAAGAUAUAUUCCAAUGAGCAACCAACCAUGGGAUUCAUUUAUAAAGAGAUGAAUAGUGCAAAAGAGAGUCUUCAAUCAUGGAAUAAUAUAAAAGGGUAUCAGACUAUUUGGAAAAUAAUUAAAGAGAGAUGGAAUCCAAUACUUCACCCUCAGUAUAUAGCAAGUUAUCUUUUGAACCCUCAAUUGCAUUACGAUUCCACUUUCAAGUCUACUUCUGAAGUUAAUGAGGGACCUUCUGCUUGGUUAGCGAAAAUGGUUAUUGACUAUGAUGAUGAUCUAAGCAUGACUGCAGAAAAUCUGAAAAAGAUAGAGGAUCAAAUUGCUGAUUUUUCAACUUCAAAGGGAUUAUUUGGAAGUGAGGAUGCAAAUUUGAUGAGAUAUACAAAGCAUCCAGCUAAGUGGUGGGAUUCAUAUGGAAAGGAUUGUCCUGAACUGCAAAGGAUGGCGAUUCGCCUAUUAAGUUUGACUUGUAGCUCUUGUGGAAGUGGACAAAGUUGGACUGCAUAUGACGAUGAGCAGGUUUACCCAAAGAAAAUAAGCUGCUUGUUUCAAGAGAAGCUGAAUGAUUUGUUUCAUGUCAUUCAAAAUUUUAAAUCAAGCAUUCAACGAGCUAGAACAAAAAAAGGUUGAGAGCGAAGUGUUGUCCUCAGAAUAAGGAAUUGAUAACUAAAAAGGAAGUUGGUGAAGUAAGUGGAGCAAAGAAGGAUAUGCAAGUGGUUCGUGCUUUGGGAGGACUGAGAUGGUGCCCCAGGCAACCGCGGUGAGCAAGGAAACGUUGUGCGGCGCCAUCGACAAUGCAUCUGCAGGAGCGCACUCUUCGAUAGCGAUGGAUGUAGCUGCGUCGCCGCCUCCUGCCAUGAAUGAUGAUCAAAUUAAUUAAGCACUAAUUAAUGUUAUUCUAGAAGAUUAUAGCGGCUAUGCCACAAAUAUGCUCAAUGUGAGAUAUUCCAUCAUAUUUUAUUUUUCUUACUUUUAUACUAUUAAGUUGUUCUUUACUUCAAUACAUAUUGGUGGUAUCAGAGUC